ACCGCCGUCCCUGUCGCCACGACCAAGGUCGAUAGAAGAGCGAAAGGUGACGGCAGGCCUCCGGAUCUGGCGUCCGACGACACCGACAGCCGCGAUACAGUCGGCGGGAUUUGGACGAAAAGUCUUGCAGAACCGGGACAAAGGUACCGAGGCGGCCGAGAUGGAGGGAGUAGGGGGUCAGGGGAUGCUGGCGGGGUGGGAAAGUUGGCAGUUUUGACCCGACAGUCUGGACAUCCGACGCAGGGUCGGUCGGGGGUGUCUACUCGGCCGGCCGAGUGUGUCGGCAGCCUGGCUGGACAAGCGGGUGGAGGUGGCCCGGACAACGCGGCUGGAGGGCGUCGAGGCGUCGCUCGAAGGCCUCGGCAAGCCGGCGAUUGGCGCAUCUUCUCUCGGAGUCCCGAGGUACCACGAUCCACUGGGUCUGCUCGGUUGCCGGGCGAAUGGACCUCGUCUGUUGGCAUACAGAAGGCCUGGCCGGCUCGACAUGGGCGCAAAAAGGACGAUUGUGCAGCGCCUGGCGGCGCGGAGCAGGGUCAUAGAGGCAAGCGGACCCACGAGUCUGUAUGGCAACACCUUUUGGCGACACCACCUCAGGUUAGACAGAGUUUAGGGGGGGUGUACAUGAACCGGGAGGACAAGCGUUUUGCCCAAAAGUCCUGGCCAUACUGUCCAGUCUGUGGCAAGCGGUUGCAUUCAGCCUUAAACACACGUUGGGCAUUGUCACACUCGCACCAGGACUCGAGCUCACCUCACAAAGCGGCUCACAAUUGA